AUGGCAUAUUCAUAUGAAGUAAAAUUUUACAAUGAUAUAUCAAAUAAUUUUUUAGAUGAACUAUUUAAAUAUGUUAGUAUAGUAUCAUUAUAUGAUAAAUAUCUUUUUGAACAUGAAUUUUUUCUUCGAAUUACUCAAUUUUUUCCAUUUAUGAAAGAAUUAACUAUAGUUAAUCGUAAACUACAAAAUGAUAAUCAAGAUUUAUCAAUUAUUGAAUAUUCUUAUCUCACCAAACUUAAUCUUCAUCAAGUUCAUGAUGAUUAUGUCGAACAACUUCUAGUUAAUAUGAAUAUGUGUUUAUCAAAUGAUCUUUAUCUUUCAGUCGAUUAUCAAUCCCUGGACACAGUGACAAACAGUUUUAUAAGAAAUACAAUACGAAUUAAUUGUGCAAAAUUGAGUUUUCUAUGUUGA